ACGCCAGCAUUCGGCGACGUCACUCCCCCUUCCACCAUGUUGGAUCAGGAAGUAGGCUGAGUCGAAGAAGCUUGAGAAUCCGACGGCUUAAACUGUUAACGGCUGUUUUUGACUCCUUCCGCGGGCGAUUUUUCCCACACACACACACGAAUUCAACAUAUUUAACACUCAGCGUACAUGCUGGGCGGCUUUCUACUCACUCGAGGAAGCCACUUUUCUCCGGAUCGUGCCGUUUCGCAGCGCCAGCUAUGGCUUCUCUGACGCAGAGAACCUCGGGCCUCGUCCAGCGGAGGACCGAGGCCACCCGUAGCGCCGACAGGGAGAGGGAGCCCGACGGGGAGGAGGAAGACGCGCGCCGCGGCGAGGAGGAAGAGGACGACAAGGGGGACUCGAAGGAGACUCGAUUGACACUAAUGGAGGAGGUGUUGCUCUUGGGCCUCAAGGACCGAGAGGGCUACACUUCUUUCUGGAACGACUGCAUUUCCUCUGGCCUUCGAGGGUGCAUGCUCAUCGAGUUGGCUCUCCGGGGAAGGCUACAGCUGGAGGCCUGCGGCAUGAGGAGAAAAAGUCUGCUCUCUCGGAAGGUGAUCUGCAAGUCCGACGCCCCGACAGGAGACGUGCUGCUGGAUGAGGCCUUGAAGCACAUCAAGGAAACUCAGCCUCCAGAGACUGUCCAGAGCUGGAUAGAGCUGCUAAGUGGGGAGACCUGGAAUCCUUUGAAGCUGCAUUACCAGCUGAGGAAUGUCAGGGAACGUCUGGCCAAAAACCUGGUAGAGAAAGGUGUCCUCACCACAGAGAAACAGAACUUCUUGCUUUUCGACAUGACCACACAUCCGCUCACCAACAGCACCAUCAAACAGCGCCUCGUCAAGAAGGUGCAGGACUCCGUCCUGGAGAAGUGGGUCAACGAUCCUCACCGCAUGGACAAGCGGGUGCUGGCCCUGAUCCUCCUGGCCCACUCUUCAGACGUCCUGGAAAACGCCUUCGCUCCACUGCAGGACGAGGAGUACGACCUGGGCAUGAAGCGGGUGCACACGUUGCUGGAGCUGGAGCCGGAAAAGGAGAGCACCAAGCCCAACUGCAAUGAACUCAUGUGGGCCGUGGUAGCCGCCUUCACCAAAUGAGAUGGAAGAACCUUCUAUUUUUUCUUUAUUUUCUCUUUUUUUUUUUUUUAAAGUGAGCCGUCGACCCCUGAAGGACCUGUGCAUUAUUUAAUCGGCUUGAAGGACUUCACCAUAAACAAGACAAUUUAGUUGGGUCAGAGUUGGG